AGGACGACCGGCUCGCAAUGGAUUGGUCUCUCAUCGCGGGCUACUCAACGAAUGUCGCGGACGUAACAUGAAGUAUCAUACUGGACAUAUAAAUCGGAUCCUUGGGAUGCGCAACGGCCAUCCCUCGAACUCCCUUGGGCAUCCCCCACAACUUGCGCGAUUAGUCUGCCAAGUUGCAUACCUUGAAGGAGUUUCUCUUCAAGGUGGACACUAGCUCACAAGUCGACCAAAGCUCUAGCUCUAGCGCCUUAUACUAUCAUGUCCACAGCUAGUAUUCGCUUUAUCAGCACCGUUACUCCGGCCGAUGUCGAAAGUAAAGAUGAACGUCAGUCAUCAAUCAGUGCUCCGUCAUACUCUUCCGUCAAGCCGAGGCUACCUCUAAGAUGGCAGAUGACAAUGAUCGCAUUAACAUGCAUGUGCACAUUCGGACACCAUUGGUCUAACGGUAUAAUUACAACUCUGAAGACAACGAUAGAACACGAACUCAAGAUCAAUAAUUCCGAAUUUGCUACGCUGAUGUCUGUGGCGAGUCUGGUAAACACAUUUCUCUGCAUCGCCUUGGGCUUCGUCAUCGACAAAUUUGGAGGUCCACUGCUUUCUGCCAUACUCGCCGCAUUUUGUCUUGCGGGCGCGGCAGUGGAGGCUGGUGCCACGACGAAUGGACUUAAUAGUUAUCAUAUCCUCAUAGUGGGCAAGAUUAUUGCUGCCAUCGGGGGUGGAUCCCUAGAUAAUGCGCAACAUAAAAUAUUCACCACAUAUUUUGCGCCCGGGCAUGGUUUUGCGCUAUCUAUAGGUUUCAUAUGGUCGAUGGCAAAUGUGGCUCAGUAUGUCGGACAGAGCACUGCGAACGUCAUGUCCGCAAAUCUUGGCUCCUAUUCAUGGCCACUCUGGAUAGGCGCCAUCAUCGGCCUUCUCUCGUUUUUAUCCGCUAUUUGCGUCUUCCUCCUUGAUAAACACCUUCGUUUACAUUACGAGGUCAUCGAUCACUGCAAACGGUCUGAUCAGCCAAGUGCGGGUGGCGUCAAGGCUGGAACAUUCCAUUGGUCGAUUGCGCGCCAAAUGCCAUUUACGUUCUGGUUUGUGGUUCUUUUUGCAGUCUUCCAAACCGCUGGUGUAGCAUCGUUUGUAUCGGUAUCUACGCAAUUUGCACAGCAAAGGCUCAAGAAAGGAGCCGUAGUUGGCGGAUGGGUGUCGAGUUUUUACUUGAUCCUUCCUAUUGCACUAACCCCUUUGGAGGGUGUGUUCAUUGAUGCAUAUGGGCGUCGUGUAACAAUUUUGUUCCUCUCUGCGUGUAUGUUCCUCAUUUCCAUGUUAUUGUUGAGAUUUUCGGAGACAGUGCCAACAUUUGUCUGCGCAUAUGUAUUUUAUGCAUUUUCUCAGUGCCUGACGUCAGCUCCACAAGUGGAGAUUGUGCGUAACAUUAUACCGGAUCCUCAUUACUACGCGACAGCUUUUGCAAUCAAGAAGUCGAUUGUUCAGGGCUCCGUCGUCAUCGUCGUGAUAGCAGCCGGGAAGCUCCAAGACCUCUCCCCCACCGACUCCCUCGAGAGUGCUGUGACUCUCUGGCUUGUGUACGCCUUCGUCUCGGUGCUCAUCUCAGGUGCGCUCCUGAGUGCCUGCUACACGUCCUUGGGACAGCGGUAUCUACCUGCCGCACGGCUCUCGCAGGUACGCCCGAAGCAUGUAGAGAGGGAGGCGGAAAGGCUUUGGGAACUACGUCAGCAUGCGGUUGCGGAGGAAGACAAGAGGGACGAGAGUAUGACGACGAAGCAGAAAGAAGUGGCAUUAAAAAGCCCUGUGCCGAGCUCUGUGUCGUUGUAUGCGCGCUGGGUAGCGCUUGGGGCCGGGUUCACCAUAGUCCUCAUAGCGUGGGUGAUAUUUGGCUUUGGUAUUGAGUGGGGUGAACAUGCGAGCGUUAGUGGGGAAUGAAGGGUGCAGUAGAGAGGUGUGUAUCGUACUAAUUUGCCUGUAAUUGCGUAUCAUAGUGCCAAGACUGGUACACGUCUCCCACGGGACAGGGGCUUUUUCAGUUUCAUAA